UGGGCGGUCCUAGCUUCGAGGACGCUCGAGGAUGCUGAUGUAAGCUUGUUAAGGAGAGAGGCUAUUUUAAGAAUACGUAGCCUAAAUAAUAUAUAUUUGUAAUGGAUUAAAGCAUAACAAGCCGAGAGACAGAAGACAACAGAGCUGUUUAUAUUUCUCCAUCCAGCUGGUAAACGUCAUUUGAUGUGUAAUGGGCUUUUUGAGACAAUUGUUUUCCAUGUCUAGCAGUUCUCUAAACAUCCGCAGUGUUGAUACAUAAUCUCAUAGUGGACACAGUGGAGGCUUGAUAAUUUAUUUGGAGUCGGGUUAUUCUGAGUAGACAUAAUUUGAUCCAAGAAGGCCUUGUGUAAAUGAUAUGAGAAAACGGAGGACAUCCGUGUUUAAAUGCAAGCAUAGUGUGACGGCUUGGUCAUGAUGAUGCGAGAUGAGUCUUUAUCCACUUAUUUUCAAAGAUGACAUCAGUGUGAUGAUGAUGCAAUUUAAUGAAAACUGUCAUUUUGAAUUUAAAGUUUAGCAUCCAGUUCAGAUGAUGGGAUUGUAAUUUCACCUAUUGUGGUUUGUUUAUGUAUCUAAAAAAAAAAAAAAAGACAAACAUUGUUUCCCAUUCAGUUAUUACCAGGUUAUUACGCACACGUUUAUUUUUCAAGAGAAACUGGCCUGAUCAUUAAUCUGUUAUUGAUCAGGGCCUGCGACAAGCCCUCUUGUCAGAGAUUGGCGGUGGAUGCUCUUAUCUCUAACCGUUUUCCUCUGGAGACGCUAUCGAUACCUCUCCAUGUUCAGCUCCGAAAGACUCACGGUACCGGAAUAUGUCAGCUGGAUUGGGAACCGGAGGUCGGGCAGCUCGAGCUCAUCCUCGGAACCGAAAGCACCACCGGUCUCACCUGGUGUCCACGGUGCCGACGUCCAGGAUGUUUUGGAUACCUCGCUCCCGGCCCUGCGCUCCGCUAUCAAGACACUGAAAUCAGCCAAAGAUACAUCGGAUCUAGACGAGACCCGCAGUGCCAUCGCAGAUACGUUCCAGUUAGUGGAGGAGGCCUGGGUUCUGCCCACUGUGGGCCGGCAGGUCGCAGAAGAGAUAUGCAACAGGAUACGACUGGACGGAGGACUGGAGCUGCUCCUGCAACUCCUCAUGACACCUGCUGUGGAGAUCACUUAUGAGUCUGCCAAACUACUGGAGCAGAUACUGGUCUCUGAGAACAGAGAUUAUGUGGCUCGCAUGGGUCUGGGGGUGAUUCUGAACCUGACGAGGGAGACAGAGGACGCCCAGCUGGCCCGCAGCGUCUCAGGCAUCCUGGAGCACAUGUUCAAACACACUGAGGAGACAUCCACCCAGCUCAUUGCCAACGGCGCCCUGGAUGCCCUGCUCUUCUGGUGCCGUGGUACCGACCCCACCGUCCUCCGCCACUGUGCUGUGGCACUCGCCAACUGCGCCAUGUACGGCGGCCAUCACUGCCAGCGGCUGAUGAUCGAGAAGCAGGCGGCUGAGUGGUUGUUUCCAUUGGCGUUCUCCAAAGAGGACGAACUCAUCCGCUUCCAUGCGUGUUUAGCGGUGGCCGUGCUCGCCAAUAACCGGGAGAUCGAGCAGGAGGUGGUGAAGUCGGGGACAUUGGAGCUGGUGGAGCCCUUUAUUGCAUCUCUGGACCCUGAUGAGUUUGCCCGGAGCUUGCUGGACAGUGCAGACAGCAUGCAGGGGAGGACGGCUGCCGACCUACAGCAGCUCCUGCCACUACUGGAUGGGGCCAGACUGGAGGGGAAGUGUAUCGCUGCCUUCUACUUGUGUGUCGAGACCAGCAUCAAGACACGCCAACGCAACACCAAGAUCUUCCAGGAGAUAGGUGCGGUGCAGAGUCUGAAAAGGAUUGUCAUGUACUCCAGCAACGGGAUGGCCUGUGCCCUUGCCAAGCGGGCACUGGGGAUGAUGGGGGAGGAGGUGCCACGACGUAUCCUCUCCUCCGUGCCCAACUGGAAGGGCGGUGAGGUGCAGAGAUGGCUCCAAGUGAUUGGAUUCAGCGCUUACACUGAGCGCUUCCAGGAGCUGCAGGUGGAUGGUGACCUACUGCUGAACAUCACAGACCAGGAGCUGAGCACUGACCUGGGCAUGACCGCAGGACUCACUCGCAAGAGGUUCCUCCGUGACCUGCGCGUGCUGAAGACCUACGCCAACUACUCGACCUGUGACCCCAACAACAUGGCAGACUGGCUGGGCGAGGUGAACCCGCACUUCCGCCAGUACACCUACGGCCUGGUGCAGUCUGGCGUGGACCGCAAGAAUGUCCUCCACCUCACCGACCAGCAGCUCCAAUCAGACUGUUACAUAGAGAAUGGCAUCCAUCGCGCCAAGAUCCUGGCAGCCAACCGUAGGCUGAUUAAGCCAUGUUUGACCGAUGCCCAGCCCCCUGGACCGGACGUAUUUAUUAGCUACCGCAGGACCACUGGUUCCCAGCUCGCCAGUCUGUUGAAGGUCCACCUGCAGGUCAGAGGUUUCAGUGUGUUCAUUGACGUGGAGAAGCUGGAAGCAGGGAAGUUUGAGGACAAGCUGAUCCAGAGCGUCCAGCGGGCACGGAACUUCAUCCUGGUGCUGUCUGCCAAUGCCCUCGACAAGUGCAUGGGCGACACUGGCAUGAAGGACUGGGUACACAAGGAGAUAGUCACAGCUCUCGCUGGGAAGAAGAACAUCGUCCCUGUCACUGAUAACUUCAUGUGGCCUGACCCAAACUCUCUGCCUGAGGACAUGAAAACCAUCCUCAAUUUCAACGGCAUCAAGUGGUCCCAUGAGUACCAAGAGGCCACCAUUGAGAAGAUCCUGCGUUUUCUCAAAGGCAAGCCCAGCCAAGACCAGACAGACUGUCCCAAGACAGACUGCUCUAAGGGGCUGCAAGGGCCACAUAAGAAAUAAAGGCCCUUGAGUGGAGCUCUGGUCUGUGAUGAUGUAAAAUGGUGCCCAUUAGUGAUCAGUAAUCAAUAAUGCCAAACAGAGCAUCCUCUGCGCUCUGGUUGGAUCUGCUCUACCCCUGUGCAUGUGAAGACAAGUUUAAUAGUCUGUAUUUAAAUCAUAUGCUAAUUUGACAUUUCAGAACUUGUAAAUACCACGUAGUGCUCUCCAAAACUGCAGUGCCAAUGUCAUAAGCUGUUAUUAGCGUGGCCAGGUAUAUUGUUUGUCUCUCAGGAAAUAACCAGUGUGAAAAGUCAGCCAUCAAUGGCAUCCAGCAUUACACAUAAUAAAAAUGUGGAGUAUCUCUGUUUCCUCUCCA